UUUCUACUCGGUCAACAUCCUACCUCGCAUCGCUUCAUCUCACCACUCGUAUUCGGCUCAGCCAUGGCGGCUGCCGGACCGGCCAUUGCAGCAGCAGCAGCGGUCGAUGGCGGUGGAGUCAAUUCCUCUUCGACUGCUCCCGCCGCUUCUGCAGGUGGUGGUGGUGGUGCUGCUGCUACUUCAGCGGGCCACUCGUCGUCGACACCCGUUGUCGAAUGGGAGGACAAUGAGGUGGCUGCGUGGCUUGCAUCGCUCAACUUGUCAUCCCUCGCUGCGUCCUUUGCUGAGCAAGGCAUCGUAGGCGACGUACUCAUUCAGCUCGACAAUGACGCUCUCAAGGAUCUCGGCGUUGAUUCCGUGGGACAGAGAUUGGCUCUUCUUGGCGGCAUAUACAAGCUCAAGGAACAAUGGGGACUCGAGAUUGACCAGGGCGACUAUCGACCGCAGUCCGAAGAUAUCCCAACAAGUGGCGCAAGUGGCAACAGCGGCGUCGAAUUCCUCAACAUGACCGAUUCAUCAUCAACGUCUCCGGUCACUGUCGCCCAGCUCGUUGCCUGCCUCAAGCAGCGAGAUGAGCGCAUCAUUCGGCUCGAACAUGAGCUCAGACGGACGACAGUCUUUCUCGCCAAGUUCCAAUACGACUUCACAGGCGUCUGCCGCUACCAAGGCCUCAGAGCACCAACUACCGACUAUGCAUUCCAGCCAUUCGUGCCAGGCGCUCCCGGGUCAUUGUCUCUACCUGGACCUGGACGCAAGCUGAGCGCGGCCGGCGGCGGCGGGCUCACAUCGCCCCACGUCACUGGCUUGCCAAUACCGUCGCCUGCGAAUUCGCUGGCUUCGCUACCCCGAACGCAUGCCCAGGGAACGUCGGACUCGCACCACGAUGAUGCGGAGGAACGCAUUCGUACGCCUACUAGCGCUAAUGGGAUGGCUGAUCAUGGAGAGCCGCCGCUGUCACCUGCUGGGUCUGCCUCGCAGUCAGCCGGGCAUGCAACAGGUAGUGGUCUCGCGGCGGGAGGUGGCAUGGUAUCGAUGGACGCAUAUGCCGGCAGUGACAGCGCCCCUCUGCGAUCGCCUGCAAAGGCGCCAUCGACCGGAGGAGCCUCGACGCCUACCAGUGGCACUCAUCCUUCGUGGCUGCGAGCCGCGACACCCAAUUCGUCGAGUAGCGCUCAACCUUUAAGUGCCACUCGAAUGCGCGGUCCCGCUUCUCCUCCGCCCAGGCACGCAGGAAGAGCGUCACCGACGUCAGCUACGAUGAAAUCAGCGGCAGCCAGCUCUAGUGCAGGUCCUUCGGCGGGACAUAGCGCAGGCCCAUCGUCCGGCAGGUCAGCCAUCGCGCCAGCGACUGCAUCGACGUCUGGCACUACGCCCGCCUCGUCCGCCUCGUCCACAAAUCGCGACUUUGUCGGCACAGCCACAACGCUGGGUACGGGAGACAACCCCUACAAGUCCUUCCGCGUCACCCUCGAAGACCCCUGCUACAAGGUUUUGCCCGCUGCGCUGAAAAAGUACAAGAUCAACGACGAUUGGCGUCUCUACGCCCUCUUCAUCUGCUACGGAACCACAGAGCGCUGUCUCAGCUACGAUGAGAAGCCGUUGCUCCUCUUUCAGAAGCUCAAGGAGGCGAGGCAGAAUCCCGUCUUUAUGCUUAGGCAUAUACGCGAUGUCAAGUCUCCGAUUACGAUUGCCAAUGCAAAGGCUGCCGCGAGGCGAGGGAGCGCGACCGACAACAAGCCCGUAGCCUCAUCAUCUAAGGCACCCGCGUCGAGGAUCGUGAGCGGACAGGAAGCGGUAGCCUGGCAUGCCCCGGCUGGGAACACUGGCAGCGAUAUUCUUCUGACUGGGCCUGCAGCUCAGCUGCCCAAGGCACCCACAGAUGCCCGCACCUACGCCAUUGCCAUCUAUCCCUACGUUUGUGAGCGAGAUGACGAGUUUGACGUGAGCGUAGGCGACACCUUUGUCGUGCUAUCGAAGGCCAAGGGUUGGUGGGUGGUGCAGAGCGACUCGGAUGCCACAGGGCAAGGCGAUGUGCGGGAUGCAGCGCAGGCUGGUCUUCAAGAGAUCAAGUCAGGCUGGGUCCCUGCGGGCUGUCUCAUUGAGACGUCCAGGCCGCUCGCGCCGGUCUUUGCUGCAGCAGCGGCGGCCGAAGGAGAUGGAGGGACCGCGCGAGAGAAGAAGUCGUCUGCGCCUAUCCCACCUCACCUCAUCACGUCGACAUCCACGCCCGGGGUCAUGCUCAUGGACUACUCGUCGGCGCAUACGGCCGCAGCGAUCGCAUCCGCCUCGGUCAAGGACACAAAUGGCAGCUCCGGCGCUACCGCUGGAAGUAGUACGGGGGACUUGCUCACUCCUGGCAGCAGCAGCGCUGAGGGAGGUUCAGCCUCCCCGUCAGCCAUGGCGGCUCUGGGAGGCGACGUGGAGCUGAAGCGUGACCACCGACUACGCGUCUUCAAGCGAUACAAUCACUGGAGCUACGUGGUCAGUUUGGAGACGCAGGCCAGGCUGUGGGUACCCUCGUGGUUCAUCUCCAAGCCGCCCUCGUCGAGUAGCAGCGCAAAUGCUAGUAGCAGCGCGGGUACGACAGGUGGGAGUGGGAGCAGCGCGUUGAAAGCGAGUGGGCACAGCGGAGAAGGGUCAGGCGGCGGCGUUGGUGGAGGUGAAGGCGCGGGGCCAUCGUCAACGAGCGCAAAUGCGGGAUCUUCAGCUGCGGCGACAGACGAAGGCUACACUUGAAGGUCACUCAACAUCCACACUCUUUCCUUUUCCUUGUCAUCAUCAACUCUGUAUGUCUCUAUUGCCUUGCGUCGAAAUGCGACGGUUUGCAUACCCCAUCCCAU